CCGCCCGCCGGCUUACCUUCCGUCUUCCUCCAGGCUGUGGCCUCUUUUCUUGGAUCGCACUGCAAUGGCGGAGCAGCAGCCGUUCUACCUCUUACUGGGCAACCUAAUGAGCCCUGACAACAAUGUCAGGAAACAGUCAGAGGAGACCUAUGACAACAUCCCAGGUCAGACGAAGAUCACGUUCUUGCUUCAGGCCAUCCGAGAUGUGUCCGUCGCUGAAGAGGUCAGGCAGAUGGCGGCGGUGCUGCUGCGGAGGCUCCUGUCGUCGUCCUUCGACGAGAUCUACCCCUCCCUCCCGCCCGACAUGCAGACCGCCAUCAAGUCCGAGCUGCUGCUGGGCAUCCAGUCCGAGGCCCUGCCCAACAUCCGCAAGAAAGUGUGCGACAUCGCCGCCGAGCUCUCCCGCAACCUCAUCGAUGAUGAUGGUAAUAACCAGUGGCCCGAGGUCCUGAAGUUCCUGUUCGACUCUGUGAACUCUCAGGAUGUGGGCCUGCGGGAGUCUGCCCUGCACAUGUUCUGGAAUUUCCCGGGGAUUUUUGGGAACCAGCAGCAGCACUACCUGGAGGUGAUCAAGCGCAUGCUGGUGCAGUGCAUGCAGGACCAGGACAACCCGCCGAUCAAAACCCUAGCGGCCCGGGCUGCGGCCUCCUUCGUUCUGUCCAACGAGACCAACACGGCCCUGCUCAAGCACUUCUCCGACCUGCUGCCGGGAAUCCUUCAGGCCGUGAACGAGUCCUGUUACCAGGGAGACGACUCCGUGCUGAAGUCGCUGGUGGAGAUCGCCGACACCGCGCCCAAGUACCUGAGACCCCACCUGGAGCCCACACUGCAGCUCAGCUUAAAGCUGUGCGCAGACACCAACCUGACCAACAUGCAGAGGCAGCUGGCGCUGGAGGUGAUCGUCACGCUGUCCGAGACCGCAGCCGCCAUGCUGAGGAAACACAACAACAUCGUGGCCCAGAGCGUCCCCCAGAUGCUGGCGAUGAUGGUGGAUCUGGAGGAGGAUGAGGAGUGGGCCAUGGCAGAUGAGCUGGAGGACGAUGACUUUGACAGUAACGCGGUGGCGGGCGAGAGCGCUCUGGACAGGAUCGCCUGCGGCCUGGGAGGCAAGAUCGUGCUGCCCAUGAUCAAACAGCACAUCAUGCAGAUGCUGCAGAACCCGGACUGGAAGUACCGGCACGCUGGCCUCAUGGCCCUGUCAGCCAUUGGAGAGGGCUGCCACCAGCAGAUGGAGGCCAUCCUCAAUGAGAUCGUCAGCUUUGUGCUGCUCUUCUGCCAAGACCCACACCCCAGAGUCCGCUACGCUGCCUGCAACGCCAUUGGACAGAUGGCCACAGACUUUGCCCCCACCUUCCAGAAGAAAUUCCACGACAAGGUCAUCUCGUCCCUGCUCCAGACCAUGGAGGACCAGACCAACCCCCGCGUCCAGGCUCACGCCGCCGCCGCACUCAUCAACUUCACAGAGGACUGCCCCAAAGCCCUGCUCAUCCCCUACCUGGACAACCUGGUUCAGCACCUGCACGUCAUCAUGGUGGCCAAGCUGCAGGAGCUGAUCCAGAAGGGCACCAAGCUGGUGCUGGAGCAGGUGGUGACCUCCAUCGCGUCGGUGGCGGACACGGCUGAGGAGAAGUUCGUGCCGUACUACGACCUGUUCAUGCCCUCGCUCCGGCACAUCGUGGAGAACGCCGUGCAGAAGGAGCUGAGGCUUCUGAGGGGCAAGACCAUCGAGUGCAUCAGCCUGAUCGGCCUGGCUGUGGGCAAGGAGAAGUUCAUGCCGGACGCCUCGGCCGUGAUGCAGCUGCUCCUGAAGACCCAGACCGACUUCAACGACCUGGAGGACGACGACCCCCAGAUCUCCUACAUGAUCUCGGCGUGGGCCCGGAUGUGUAAGAUCCUGGGGAAGGAGUUCCAGCAGUACCUGCCCGUGGUGAUGGGCCCGCUCAUGAAGACCGCCUCCAUCAAGCCUGAGGUGGCCCUUCUGGACACCCAAGACAUGGAGAACAUGUGUGAGGACGACGGCUGGGAGUUUGUGAACCUGGGCGACCAGCAGAGCUUCGGCAUCAAGACCGCCGGCCUGGAGGAGAAGGCCACCGCCUGCCAGAUGCUGGUUUGCUAUGCUAAAGAACUGAAGGAAGGAUUUGUGGAAUACACAGAGCAGGUGGUGAAGCUGAUGGUCCCGCUGCUCAAGUUCUACUUCCAUGACGGUGUGCGGGUGGCAGCGGCCGAGUCCAUGCCCCUGCUGCUGGAGUGCGCGCGGGUGAGGGGGCCUGAGUACCUCACCCAGAUGUGGCACUUCAUGUGCGAUGCCCUCAUCAAGGCCAUCGGCACCGAGCCCGACUCCGACGUCUUAUCCGAGAUCAUGCAUUCCUUCGCCAAGUGUAUUGAGCUGAUGGGAGAUGGUUGCCUGAACAAUGAGCACUUUGAGGAGCUGGGAGGAAUCCUGAAGGGGAAGUUGGAAGAGCACUUUAAAAACCAGGAGCUGAGACAAGCCAAAAGACAGGAUGAAGAUUAUGAUGAACAAGUGGAGGAAACGUUACAAGAUGAGGAUGAAAACGACGUGUACAUCCUAACGAAGGUGUCGGACAUCCUGCACUCUGUGUUCAGCAGCUACAAAGAAAAGGUGUUGCCCUGGUUCGAGCAGCUCCUGCAGCUCAUAGUCAAUCUCAUUUGUCCGCACAGGCCGUGGGCCGACAGACAGUGGGGCCUGUGCAUAUUCGAUGACGUGGUCGAACACUGCAGCCCCUCCUCCUUUAAGUACGCAGAGUACUUCCUGCGGCCCAUGCUGCAGUCCCUGUGCGACCCCAGCCCCGAGGUGCGGCAGGCGGCUGCCUACGGAGUGGGCGUCAUGGCGCAGUUCGGUGGGGAGAGCUACAGGCCCUUCUGCACAGAGGCCAUUCCUCUCCUGGUGGGUGUGAUCCAGGCAGCCGAAUCAAAAGCCAAAGAGAAUGUUAAUGCCACAGAGAACUGCAUCUCCGCCGUCGGCAAAGUGAUGAAGUUCAGACCAGAGUGUGCCAACGUCAGCGAGAUCCUUCCCCAUUGGCUGUCCUGGCUGCCCCUCAACGAAGACAAAGAGGAAGCCGUGCACACAUUCAACUUCCUGUGUGACCUUAUUGAAAGCAACAAUCCCAUCGUCCUUGGACCCAACAACUCAAAUCUUCCCAAGAUUUUUUCCAUCAUCGCCGACGGGGUCGUGAACGAGUCCAUCAAACGCGAAGACGCAUGUAGCAAACGGUUGGCAAACGUUAUUCGUCAAGUACAGACUUCUGGAGGACUGUGGACGCAGUGCGUAUCGUCGCUGAACGAGCCGCAGCAGAAGGCGCUCCAGGACCUGCUCAACACCGCUUGAAAGGCCUUAACCGUCUGUCUGCACCUGUAAACCCUGCUCCUGAUAAUCUUCUGUGCCCCAUACCCCCUUUUUUCGAGCAACGGACUGUAGCAUGAGCGGACCUCCGGUGCAGCCUGCUCCCAGCUCCCUCCCCUCGCCCCCCCACAAGCCUAGCUGCGGAGUCCAGGUCUGCAUGUGCGGUUGAGUCCCGCCCCAGGGGAACCCCCCCCUCCCCUCCCCCAAGACACAACCACAUUACCGUUACUUGACACUCAAGAGUAUUUUUCUAUCCGAGCGUCACCCUCAUCUCGGUGAAAGGGAAGAAGGAACAAAAGAAAAAACAAAUUAGGAAUUAAUCGGUCAUCCGUUUUACUGUUAGGCAUAAUGAAUUUCUGGUCUUCACAUUGUAUUUUUCUCUCCCCCUUUCCUUUCAGUUACUCAUGUAGGUGUGCGAUGUAACAGUGUAAGCAUUUCUGUUCACCUAGUGUUAAACUGUGCUAACAGGAGGGCGCCAGUUAGAUAGCCAAGCCUCCUUUACCCGGCGUCACGGCGGACUGGAGUAAUGUCAGCGGGAGGUGUGGCAGGGGUGACCACCUCCUGCUGGGAUAUCUUUGGGUUUUUUUUUAUUUUAAUUUUUUUAUUUAUUUUUAUUUUCUUUUUGUAGACCAGCCUGAAUUGCUGAAGGAGGGAUGCUUCCCUGUGCAAAAAAAAAAAGCUGUUGGGCCAGCUUUCCAGUUCAGCUCUGAAAGUUAAUGGCAUGUCUAGCAGUAGCUCAUUCACUCCAUGAAAUAAACAGCGAUGGGAAAACAA